AUGGCAGGAAGCCUUGUCGGAAAAUCGGGACGGAACUACAUGAUCCAGGAGACUAUUCAAGACAAGGGACGGCCGCUGACAUGCGUCCAGCGCGCGAGGUCAGAACAUUGCGAACGCUGCUGUGACAAUAUAUUGACUUACCUCUUUAGUGAUGGCACGAACGACUUCAUCUUGAAAGAGAUUUCGCAGGACUGGAAACUACGUCUGGAGAUGUACGAACUUGUUGGCAGCAGUCCCUUCGUACGAGACCUGAUUGACACUGUUCCGGAGCGGAGAAUUUUCAUUUUCGACUACCUUCAAACGAACCUCUUACAAUUUGCUCAGAAGGACGUUCCCCAAUCCAUCAUGAGGUAUAUUUUGAAAUGCACGCUCUGCGGCAUCGCUGCGAUGCAUGAGAAAGGCAUUAUUCACAACGGUAACAGGACUCGCGUGCUGAUCGAGCUCUCAAGCUAACCUUGCGGCAGACAUAAAGGCCAAUAAUAUCAUGGUUCAGAUGGCAUCGCCUGAGUUUGAGUGGAAAAUUGAGAAAGUCCAGAUCGUGGAUCUCGAAGACUCGGCUUAUCUUCGCUAUCCAGAAUCAGCUAUCGUGGGUGCACAGGUUGGUAACAUGAUGUGGCGGAGUCCGGAGGCUCAUGCGAUGGGGCCUAUCCGAAAGCCGUCAGACAUGUUCUCCUUUGGUCUUGUUGUAAGCUUUGAUACCUUUAUGGCGCAUUGCGAUCAGAUGGGAUUCCGGUCUAACGAUGUCAUAGUGUAUCUACGCAAUGACCCGCAUAUUACCAUUCGCACUGGACGAGUCUGAGCUGCCGGAAGGAAUCGAGCCCUUGGCCGUUGUCCUCGAGCGUCAAAUAUCCUACUUCGCGGAGCAGGACGACUUGAAUGCAUUUCUGCGAUACUUGGGCGAUUCCCCCGAGUGGGUCGAAAUCUUCCAAGCAGUGGCGAGUGCGUUCGCUGAAGGUCAGCCUAGAAGACCGUUCCGACUCUGGGAAGGAAUAGACGUCGAUCAAGCAGACUCGUUCAGAAGCCUCAUUCUCGGGCUCACGAACUUUGAUCCGGCGAAGAGAUUGACGGCGCAACAAGCUCUAGAGCACGAAUGGUUUAAAGACGUCCCGAUCUUAUAG